AUGGAUUCUUUCACUGAGGCAAACAACAUGCUUGCCAUUGCCCUUCUGAAAAAGCUUUGCAAAGAAAAAAUAGAAAAUCUGUUGUUUUCUCCACCAAGCAUUUCAUUUGCCCUGGCCAUGGUUCUCUUGGGAGCAAAGAAUGACACUGCAGCCCAAAUAGAACAAUUACUUUCUUUAGACAGAGAUGGAGACAUCAAUCUGGGUUUCCAGUCACUUCUCACUGAAAUGAACGAACCAAUCACUUCAUACAUGCUUGAAACUACCAACAGAGUCUUUGGAGAAAAUGCUCUAAAUUUCCUCCCAUCCUUUAAAGAAUCCUGUGAAAAAUUCUACAGUUCGGUACUGGAAGAUCUUUGCUUUUCUGAAAAUGCAGAGGCUAUGAGGAAACACAUAAAUGCUUGGGUAGCAGAGAACACCAAAGGUAAAAUUUUAGAGGCUGUACCUGAGAAUACAGUUAAUCCACUUACCCUAUUGAUCUUUGUGAAUGCCAUCAACUUUAACUUAAAAUGGAGGACUGAUCCUGUGCCAAUUAAGAGAGUCCUUAGAAGUCAUAAGCAAGGGCACAGAAUGUCACAGAUUAUGGUGAAUCAAGAGAUGUUUCUGGGAUUCUAUAUAGAAGAGCUAGGUGCUAAUGUUUGUAUAUGUACAUAUAAAGGAAUGGAUUGGAAUAUUAUCUUAGUGCUUCCUGUUGAUGAUGGCCAAAAGAUGGAAAAAGAGCUUACCUAUGAAACAUUUAUAACUUGGACGAAACCAGAAGUGCUGGAGUUGAUGGAAAUUCUUAGCAAACGAUUGUUCAUCCCUAAAAUUAAGAUAGAGGUGUCUUAUGACAUGGUUCACAUUCUCUGCAGUUUAGGAAUGUCUGAUGCCUUUCUUGAGGAUAAGGCUGACUUUUCUGGACUGUCCGUACUCAAAGAUUUCCACCUAUUAAGUGUUUUUCACUCAUCUUCCCUGGAAUUCAGUGACGAAGGUAUUGAAGCAUCUGCUGUCACUGUAGCAACAGAGUUACCGGGAACUGCAAAGGAGGAAGAAGGAUUUAAGCAUCAUAGUUUAUUUCUUUUCUUUAUCUGGAGCCAAAAAAUUAAGAGCAUCCUAUUCUGUGGUAGACUUUGCACUCCCUGA